ACCAUCAUCAGCUACCCCACAAUGUUCAGCACUCCAGUACCCAAAGUCUCGCAAGAGAUUAUCGUCGACUUCCCGAAGCCGCAUGUCCUGCUUGUCACGUUCAAUCGCCCGAAAGCCCUCAACGCGUUUACACCUCAAAUGUCUGCCGACCUGCGUCUACUGCUUAACUGGUUCGAAGAAGAGCCCGAGUUAUGGGUCGCUGUGUUUACUGGCGCUGGGCGCGCCUUCAGUGCUGGCGCUGACCUGAAAGCCUGGCACCAAAACGAGGAGGCGGGCGAAAGCCAGCACUAUGACACAAUCCAGUCAGCCGUACACGGCUUUGGCUCUGUUUCCCGCCGCGUUUCCAGGAAGCCGUUCAUCGCGGCGGUCAACGGGAGCUCAUAUGGCGGGGGGACGGAGUUUGUUGUCAACUGCGACCUCGUUGUCGCAAGCCAGGACGCAACCUUCGUUCUCCCCGAAGUCAAGCGGGGUGUAGUCGCCGUUCAGGGCGCGAUUCCGCGGCUCUCAAGAAUAGUUGGACAUCAGCUCGCGUCCGAAAUGCUCCUCCUUGGGGAGCCAAUCAAAGCUGACGAUGCGCGAAAUCGAUUCGGCUUCGUUAAUAUCGUAGUGCCGCCCACAGAAGUCGUUCAAACCGCGCUUGCCCUGGCCGAGAAGAUCACGAGCAACUCGCCCGAUUCCGUGCAGAGCACCAAGGUCGGCCUGACGCUUGCACAGAACCACGGGGCGGAGGUCACCGUGUUGCUGCACUCCCGCAGCGCCGAACACCGGGGCCAGAUGAUGGGCGACAACGUCAAGGAAGGAUUGCGGGCUUUUAGCGAGACGGGCUCCGGUGUGGAAAAAUGCGGGGACACGGUCAAAGUUGUGAUAGUAUUAAUGAAUGUUUACUUGACUUCAAGGCUUCGCUCGAGCUCGUAUGAAAUUGUUUCCGCCCGCGUCAUGCUAAACGCAGACUACAUCGCCAGUAACCCUGAAGUCAUCCCUCCCAACAACCCAUAUCCCAGCUUCCAGUUGUGGGUCGAGGACUCGGCCACAAACCAUCAACACGAUGCCACGCACGACUCCCACUACGAAACGAUCCACACCCUCACAACCACCGCCCUCCGGCAACUCUGCUUUGGCCGUGGGGUCGAAAGAAUUUGCGACAUAGCACGCCAAAUCGCCCGAACCCCGCAAGCCAGGCGUCAUCUUGGCCAAACAGUCCAAGUGUCUGAAGAGGAGAUCCGCCAACACCUGCUCACAGCCCCACUCAAAGUCGUAUUCAAGGCUAUUCCGGACGAUGUCAAUGGCGGGAUCAUAUGGGGCCAGGCACAUAGCCAGAAUGAGGUCGUGAUCAACGUUGACCUGGUUUCCGCCAUAUGCAACCCAGCAUGCACCGACUCCGAUACGGGCCUUCGGUUUCUUUUUUUCGUGACCCUAUCCCACGAGAUUGUCCACACAGUCAUGAAGACGGUUUUCCCGCGCCUUGUUACACCACAUAUCGUUAAUUUUGAGGAGGACGGCAAGGGUCAGGGCGAAGCUGGAAACACUUUCGAAGUCAGGUUAUUUGGGUUCCUGACUGAUGUCACCAUGGCCGUCGCCGACAUCACUUCCGCUGAACGCCUUUCGCGAAUCCAAGAGUUCACCGCAGACUACAGAAGCCCACCGACCACUGGUAUUCUCGAUGCGAAAACCAUGCGCGACAUACUCAGUUCGUUAGACAACGUGGAUGCAUGGUCCCCCCUAUGGAGUAUGCUCCCAGGCGCAAAUUUCGACCCCACGAUGCAACGGCGAAUGCGCGGUCAUGAUCAGCGCAGGCGUGUAGACGGAGGAGUUGAAGACAAUGGCAUCCUCUCAGACCCAACAAGAAUCGCAAGGGGUGUUUGUGACAGGGGAAUAUUAUCGGCUCCCAGGCAUAUCAAGGCGCUGGCUUAG